AUGGCUGCACACUUACUUAAAACACCCUUCAGGGCACCCUUUAAAACACCAUUCAAAACAAACGUCAUCGUUCCCACCAAAAACGCGUCCUCCUUUUCGUCGUCGUCGUCUUCCACCUCAAAGACAUACAAAAAACCAGUUUGCGUUCCUGUCAAGCGAAGUAAGAGAUUUAAAAAAUACAACAAGAAAAACAAUGACGAUGACGACGAAAGCACCGAAAGUGAAAGUGAAUAUAAUUCUGAUGAUGAAUCCGAGGAGGAUAGCUCCAGCGAUAACGACGGAAAACAUCCUCGAAAAAAAACGAAACUAAAUUCAACCGGCACGAAAAGAAUGCCUUUGGCUGAAGUCUCUGCGAGAAACAAUAUUGCUUCACCUUUAACGUUGAGAGAUCCAAAGCUCUCGCUUAAAUCUCAAUUUAAGCCCCCAACUUUUAUUAACAAACCGAACGAUAACCAAUCAAAUAAUCAUUCUAAUACGAUACAGGAGGAAGACCCAAACCGUCGUCUUACAUUAGGGAUGCGUCGAAAAGUUUUUAUAGGAACAAAAGCUUUACAUGAUCCAAAUAAUGAAAAAUCCAUUGUACUUUAUUAUCCUUCUGAUAACGAAGAAGAAAAAAAAGAACCAAUUGUGCCACUUAAGAAAAAAGAAAGAACAUUGGCUGAAAUAUUGGGUGUCGUAAUUCCCAAAAGUGAUAAGAAGGUUCAUGUGGUAGUUGAUCCCAUUUUAGCUUCAAGGCUACGUCCUCAUCAAGUAGAAGGCGUCAAGUUUCUUUAUAAAUGCACUACAGGAAAAGUAGUCGAAGGCGCUUAUGGCUGUAUAAUGGCUGAUGAAAUGGGAUUGGGUAAAACGCUUCAAUGCAUCGCACUCCUAUGGACGCUGCUUCGUCAAUCUCCUCUUCCGAAUAAAGGAACCAUUGAAAAGGCUAUUAUUGCCUGCCCUUCAAGUUUAGUUCCCAAAUGGCUUGGUAAUAGAAUUAGACCAUUGGCUAUCGAUCAUAAAGGAACAAAAGAAAAGUUCUUGAAGGAUUUGAGGCAAUUUGUCAAUGCCCAAGGUCGAAUGAUAAUGAAUCCAGUGUUAAUAAUCUCGUACGAAACAUUACGGACUAAUAUCACUGAACUUAACAACUGCCAAAUUGGAUUAUUGUUAUGUGACGAAGGACAUCGCCUAAAAAACUCAGAAUCGCUUGUUUUCCGUACUCUUAAUUCUCUCAAGGUUCAACGUAGAGUGAUCUUGUCUGGUACACCCAUUCAGAACGAUCUUUCGGAAUAUUUUUCCCUAUUGAAUUUCGCGAAUCCUGGACUUUUGGGAACUGAGUCUGAAUUUCGUAGAAACUACGAAAAUCCUAUUCUACGUGGCCGUGAUGCAGAUGCCAGUGACCGAGAACGUGAGAUUAGCGAUCAAAAACUUGCGGAACUCUGGUCAUUCGUCAGUAAAUUUAUUAUCAGGCGUACAAACGAUCUUUUAUCAAAAUUCUUACCCGUAAAAUAUGAGCAUGUAGUUUUUUGUCGUCUGAGUAAAUUUCAACUUUCAUUGUAUGAUUUGUUUUUGACGUCACCCGCAAUCCAGCGUCUACUGCGUGGUGUCGGAUCACAGCCUCUUAAAGCUAUAACGAUUCUGAAAAAAUUAUGUAAUCACCCGGAUUUACUUGACUUACCUGAUGAUCUUCAUGGUUCUGAAGAUUGCUUCCCGCCAGGCUAUUCAAUUAAGGAAAAAUCACGUUACGUUAGGCCAGAAUUUUCUGGCAAGAUGCAGGUUCUUGAUAGGAUGUUAUCCAAGAUUAAACAAGAGACAGAUGAUAAGAUUGUGUUGAUCUCAAACUAUACGCAAACUCUUGACUUGUUCGAAAAAUUAUGUCGCAAUAAAAAGUAUGGAUUCCUUCGGUUGGACGGAUCAAUGAAUAUCCAAAAGCGACAAAAGCUUGUUGAUAGAUUCAAUAAUCCAAGUGGUCCAGAAUUCAUCUUUUUAUUAAGCAGCAAAGCGGGCGGUUGUGGCAUAAAUCUUAUUGGCGCAAAUAGACUAAUUUUGUUUGAUCCUGAUUGGAAUCCUGCUGCCGAUCAACAGGCUUUGGCGAGAAUAUGGAGAGAUGGGCAGAAAAAAGAAUGUGAGAAUGUAUCUGGCUCAAUAGAGGAGAAAAUCUUCCAACGACAAUCUCAUAAACAAUCACUUUCUUCGUGUGUUGUGGAUGAAGAUGAACAUGUAGAACGUCACUUUUCUUUGGAAUCGUUAAAACAGUUAUUCCAGUUUAAUCCAGACACAAUGUGUGAUACACACGAUACAUUUAAAUGCAAAAAAUGUGAAGAUGGGAUUCAGACCAUCCCCAGUAAGGUUAUGAAUUAUGGUGAUUCUAGCUCAUGGGAUCACUUUACUGGAAAUGAUGAUUUAGCCAGGAUAAAUGAUAUUAUGUUGAAAGAAGAAGCCAAUAAGGGAAUAGUUUCGUAUGUCUUUCAAUACAACUCGGAGAAUGGAAAAAAAUCAUGA